AUGGGUUCAAAAAAUUUGAUACUUUUGAUAUGGUUGAUUAUUAUCGUGUUCUCAAAUUUCGUGUGUUCAACAAAUUGUAGAAAGUUGAUAAUCAAGAAAGAGGCACAAGAUAACAGUAGUGUUCAACGGCGGCCGCCGCCGCCGGCCGACAGCUUGUACCUGGCGGCGCUUCCGAAGGGCAAGGUGCCGUCGUCCACACCAAGCAAAAAGGGCCACUCCACCACCACCGACCAGAAGCUCAUCGCCCGCCACCUGGCAGACGUCGGCCGGAUUUUUCGGUCAUUUCGGAGCUCCGACGCAGGCCACUAG